GCUGUCCGGCACUGAGAGACUGUGGACCUGUGGAGAGAGCGCACGGUGCCUUAUAUACCGCCUAUAUCUGGGAACCCUGAACGCGGUUUCCUCCGCUCACACAAUUGGUCCAGGAGAAGUAUUUAUUAGGUAGGAGGCGCUCCUGCCAGACACACUUUGUUCAUGACUCUGGAAGUCCACUCGAGGGAAAAGCGCAGCGCAGUUUGACAUCUGUCCGGGAGCAAGUGCAACAAUACAGAAGAAAAUUACAACUCGAUACGCAUCUUGGAAAUGGCUUUACAUUGCCUUUUGCCUUCGAUUUCAACGUUUGCAAACCAGAAGGAGAAACUUUGGGAGGAUAGGUGGAAAUGUGAGGAGGACAAACCACUGAGCGGCGGCUGCCCUCUGCUCAACGUGGCACAGAACAUGGACACUUGUCGUGGCCGCAAGGAUGACGAGGAUCUGAGUAAUUAUUUGGACCUGGAGUUUAUCCUGGCCAACACAACAGGACCUCUAGAGGCGGGAGCUGAGUACGUCUCACACGCGGAGCCAUGCAGCAUGUACUCGACGGGAGCGUAUGUGCCUCCGGAGCAAUGCACCGCACCUCCUCCGCCGUACUCCAGCAGCCUCAUGGCCGAGCUUCUGAGAUCCGACGUGGACAACUCCUACGAUGGCACCAUUCAGGGAAGAUUCAUCAUCAACUCGUUCCCCAGACAGGACUUUGUUGAUAUCAAAGUCGAGCCACCAAUGGACGGUUACGGGCCGGUGAUGGGCAUGGUGCAGCAGAGCUGCCAAAAAAUCAAACAAGAGGGCAACGUUUCAUGCAUGAUGUCUUUCGAGCAACCCAGACUGGCCGUUUCUCCACAGGCGACGGGGAAUAUGACGCCUCCUUUGAGUCCGGAUGACUCCCAUCUGCGCCAAACCGCAUUUCCGCAGGCUUUCCAUCACUCGCCUCCGGCUUACGCUCAAAUGCAGAUCCCCUACACGGCGCCGCACCAGUUCGGCAUGUUCGAGGACGCCAUGGGGAUGCAACCCAACAUGCAAAGAGCUCUUCUGACUCCUCCAUCCUCCCCGCUGGAUCUAAUGGAGUCCAAACCCAAGCGAGGGCGACGCACCUGGCCGAGGAAGCGCACGGCGACACACACCUGCACCUACGCCGGCUGCGGCAAGACGUACACCAAGAGCUCGCAUUUGAAGGCGCAUCACCGAACCCACACCGGUGAGAAACCGUACCACUGCAACUGGGAGGGAUGCGGAUGGAAAUUCGCCCGUUCCGAUGAGUUGACGCGUCAUUUCCGCAAACACACGGGCCAUCGGCCGUUCCAGUGCCACAUGUGCGAACGCGCCUUCUCCCGCUCCGACCACCUGGCGCUGCAUAUGAAGAGACACCUGUGAGGACUGGAUCCACAACCACAUAACUGCCUUAUUUAAUGACUUAAAGCAUAAAUAAAUAUAUCGUCAUACACUUUUAAAAAUAAAGG